CAAGAUAAAAUUUGCAACACAUGUCUGAAACUCAAACUCAAACUCAAGCUCAAGCUCAAACCCACCACAACAAUCUCAAACAACUCCAUUGAUGUAUGAUCCUAUGCACAUGGCAUCACUAAUUUCAACUCCCACAUCGUUCUGUUACACUUCUAAAACCUCAAGAACAGCUGCUCUCUAUCAACCAUCAUCAUCUUGUUCUAUUUCUCAUCAUAAAAACCCAAAAUUAAGCCCCUCAAUUUGGAUUCCACACCUGGGUAAUGCCUCUUUUUCUCAGUGGAGUGGUUUAAAGCAACUGGGUAUUUCAGUCAUGCCAAAAUUUGUUAAUAAAGAGAGGAAGGGAAGUGGGAUUCGUGCAUCUUUGUUUGGUGUUGGAGCUCCUGAGGCUUUAGUUAUUGGAGUUGUGGCUUUGCUUGUUUUUGGUCCCAAAGGUCUUGCUGAGGUUGCUCGUAAUCUAGGGAAAACUCUACGUGCAUUUCAACCCACCAUUAGGGAACUCCAGGAUGUCUCGAGGGAAUUCAAGUCAACUCUUGAACGAGAGAUUGGUCUUGAUGACAUUCCAAGUCAAACACAAACCAGAUAUAGACCGAACCCUGUCUCAACCCCUCCACCAGUUGCCAGCGAUGAAAAUUCUUUUGCUGAAGCUGAGCCAAACGGUGCUCCAUCUGAAACUAAAGCAUAUACAAACGAGGAGUUCUUGAAAAUCAGAGAAGAGCGAUUAAAAGCAUCUGCUUUGCAACAGCAAGACCCGGCGCCUCCUGCAGUCGAAAGCCAGUUGGAAUCGCAAACUGAGCCUCAAGUUCCUAUUAAAGAAACUGCUGGUGCUACGCCACCGCCACAAAAACCGGAAAAUGAAGUAUAAGACCUUUGUUUCUAGUACUAUCAGAAACCGCUUCAAUCUCUGAAAUGAGUCGGUGGCGACAUAAACCUCGUAAAUGAGAAGAGAGAAGCGCAGAGUAGCUAAAUAUUCUUUUUAUUAUUAAUAUUAUCUUCUUAUUCGUCCGAAUUUCAGAAGAUUCGGUUUCUUGGAUUGUAAUAUAUGAUUUUGUACAAUGUCAAUGCUGGUAGUAGUAAGAAAUGCUUAAUUUCAGAAACGGAUUGGAUUUCAUAUUAUAUUUUGUAGGGUUAAUGGAACAGAGAUCUCUUCAAGUGAAGAUUAUGACUCUGAAGUUUGUGUCACAA